ACGCGACGGAAAAGACUAUAGCAGACCGGAAGUGAGCUCGUGGACAAAAAUUAGAUGGAAAAAGAAGGAAAACUCUAAAUAGAUCAUAGUUGUCGCACGUUUCUUCUCGUUACAGUUAAACAGUAGGCAUAAGUAGAUAAGGGAGGGCAAGAAGAAUAGGCUGAAAAGCAAAAGAGUUAAUCACCCAUCUAAGUGGUCCUGUAUGUGACAUCAUUAUGGAGACAGACAGCGAGCAGAGCUCCAACUCAACAAACGGCAAUACAUCAUCAGGGGGAAAUACCCGAACCCCACAGAUUUCCCAGAUGUCGCCAUAUGAGAGACAAGCUGUGCAGGCUCUUCAAGCACUACAGAGACAACCAAAUGCAGCCCAGUAUUUCCAGCAGCUAAUGUUGCAGCAACAAAUAAACACAGCCCAGCUACAAAGCUUUGCCGCAGUUCAGCAGGCUUCGUUGGCAGCCAGUCGGCAGACAACUUCUCCCACUGUAAGCACUCCACAGCCUACCACUACAGCUCAGGCUACUGUAAACUUAACUACAUCUGCAGGUGGAGGAGCUUUGUUGGCUCCUCGGGCUCCAGGGUCUACUUCCUCCACUCAAGCUAGUACCCUUAAUCAAUCAGUUCUCUUGGGUAACACAGGAGCUGGUCAGGGACAGAUGUACUUAAGGGUUAAUCGCUCUCUCCGAGCCCCUAUCUCCAGUCAGCUCAUUUUUAUGCCUGGGGGUGCUGCUGCAGUGGCCACAGUUCAGCAACAGCAGCAGCAACAACAGCAGCAACAUCAGCAACAGCAACAGCAGCAGCAGCAAGAGGCUUCAACCACUGUUACAAGUGCCCAGUCUGACACCGACCAGGUCCAGAAUCUAGCCAUGCGAUGUCAGCCAAGUCCAGCAGUAGUAUCAGUUUCAGCAGCUCCUGGAGCUGUCCAGAGACCCUCUGCAAGUGCUGUUGGUGUUUCAAUGACAACUAUCUCAAAGUCUGAGUGUCCUGUGACCGUUACACAGCAAAGUGACAAGAAGACGGGUGCAGAUGGUGACAGUGGGUCAGCUGUUCAGGCAAGCAUGGGAAUUAAUUUGACCCGAGCUACUAACUCUCAGGCCACUUUGAUCACGCCAGGUUCUUAUUCAAUACUACAGCCACAGUUUCAUGUUCAUCAGAAGCAGCUAAACUUGAAUCAACAAACAGCCACAACACCACAGGUCCUGAUGCAGUCCCAUCAACAGGGAGCCACACAAAUGCAAGGCCAGGUUUCACAACAGCAAACAACGACUCUUCCUUCUCAGCAACAAAUCCAGAGUCACCAGCCUCCUGCUUCCCAAAGUCCUAGUUCUCAAAUAAGUACAUCCCAAUCAUUACACACAGGUACCACUCAAACAAAUCAACUUCUUUUACAUAAUGCCCAAACUUAUCAGCAGAGUCGGUUAGCAACAAGUUCUGCUCAGAUUCUACACCCUUCUGUGACAGUUGGCCUUCCCCAGACCUCAGGGGCUCAGACCCUAGUGGUUCAGCCUUUGCAGCCUCCACAUAGCCAAAUUGCACCUUCAGGUGGCAUUAGCCCAGUUCCUAUCCAGCCCAAAAUCGCUCCUACUACAACUACUACAGUAAGCCAGAAGGUGCAGCCUGCUUUGAAGCAGCCCCCUAUAUUACCAGCGCCACCUGCUCCACAUGUACCAGUCCAGCUUGUUGGAGCCAGACAGUCAGGACAGACAAGUGCUCAGGCAAUAGGCAUUCAGCAAGUUGUUUCUACCACAACAACAUUAUCUUCUCCAUCAUCUUCCAGUAACAAUAGCAUUGUAGGUACUGCAACCUUUGCACCAUCAGGAAUAGGAAUUAUGAACUCUGUGUGUCAUGAAACCCAAGUCCAGCAGCAACAGAUUCAGGAGACAAACACCCAACAGCAAACUACGGGUUUGGCAACAUGCCCUCUACAAGUAUCUAUUACACAACAACAACAGCAGCAGCAGGGUGAAGAUGUUAAUUCUUCUGGUAGCAGUGUGCAACAACCAAAGCGUCAGUCUACUGGAAUGGUUUCUCAAAGCGGAGUAUAUGUUCAGCCACUACAAUUACAGAGUAAGAUACCAGUUGGAUCUCCCAAAAGAAAAGCUGAAUCUGAUGAAAUAUGUGAGAAGAAAAGUGAUUCCCCUCCAGUUCUUCAGCCUGUAACUGUAGGAUCCUUCCACAAACCUGUGGCACUUGCAGAAAAACAACCAACAUCUGAUAUUAGUUCAGUUGAUCCAUCACCAACUGGGGCUUCUUUGAGAAGUGUAAUGUCUGGCCUAGCUCUCUCCUCUGGAAGUCGCAACAGCAAUGAUGCCAAGCCCCCACAAGCUAUUGUAAAGCCACAAGUGCUAACCCACGUUAUUGAAGGCUUUGUUAUUCAAGAGGGUGCUGAGCCUUUCCCAGUUGCUGGUUCUGUGAAAGACAGGCAGGAUGGUUUAUCCAGUAAUCCUUCUCAGACCUCUUCUUCCUAUCUGGAAAACUGUCAACAAGCAGUUGAUACAGAUGGGAAACUGCCCAUGCUGAAGUGUGAAUAUUGUGGAAAUUUUGAGCCUGCUCACCAGUUCAGAGGUUCCAAACGAUUUUGCUCCAUGACAUGUGCAAAAAGAUACAACGUAAGCUGUAGUCAUCAGUUCCGACCAAAGAGAAGGAAGAUGAAAGGAGGCCUUGUGGAAGGGAGUGGGACUCGCAUAAGACGGCGGGGUCCAAGAAGAAGUAGCAGUGAGAUUGCUCGAGCCAAAAUUCAGGGCAGACAUCUUAACAUUAAGACUCGUUCUGAUUCUAGUCGAGGUUCAGAUGACAACUCUAGCUUUGAGGAUGAAUCUGUAUCUAUAAGCCCUGCUCCUUCCUGCUCUAGACCUCACAGUGAACAGCAGACAUCUUCAUCAGCUGGAGCUCGUGACACCACAAGUGGUGGCUCAGGUCCUCUAAAUUCAGAACUGCCUAUGGACAGUGAUCCCCGUUUUCUUUCUGGAAACCCUGCUCAUUGGAGUGUAGAAGAAGUUUGUGAAUUCAUCUCAUCUCUGCAAGGCUGUCAGGAGGUGGCAGAUGAGUUCCUGGCCCAGGAAAUUGAUGGCCAAGCCCUAUUGUUGUUAAAGGAGGAACAUCUUAUGAGUGCUAUGAACAUCAAGCUGGGACCGGCUCUUAAAAUCUGUGCACGUAUUAACAUGCUAAAGGAUGGUUAGCCGUGUGGUUAAUCAUUAGCAUGUGAGAAUGAGAAUGAAUAAAAGAAAGACUGUCUAUAUUCUUGCAUUUGUGAGUUAGAACAAAAGAAGUUAAUGCAUUCUGCAGAACUCUAUAUGAAGAAAGCAGUCAGUACAGACUAAUGUUCUCCAUGUCUGUGUGCAUAUGUGCUUGGGACUAAAGAAGUAAUAUUUCAGAACAACAUUAACUAUGUGUAAGAGAGCAAGUGGUCGCUAUGGACUGAUGAUGGUAGUGCAUGUAUAUUUGUUUUUGUAUGUGUUAAAGGGAAAGUGGAAAAAGAAGCCCUAAGUAUUCAGUACAAAACAAAAGGACCAUAAGAAACAAUGGUCUAAAAACAGUAUAAUGAGACUGUAUGUAAGGUGAAGGGUCAGUUAAAACAUUAUCUGACUGCUCAUUAGUAUUAUUCAUCAUGUGUGUUUUAUAUAACAAAAAAAAGUCUUUUAGACCAUUACACAUACAUUACAGUUUGUAAAAGUGAGAGAAUGCAUACAGUAGAUUGUACCAGAGUAUGUAUGUGCACUAGACCCUCAAUAACUAUCAGACUUUUACUGUAUAGCUGUUGUUUCUGUUUCACCAGAUAUUUCAGUAGUCAUGUUUCAUUCCAAAUCAUGCUGUUUCUUGUAAUAAGAUCCAAGUACUUUCUUAGGAACCUGUUGCGUUUUUAUGGAUUCACAAUUAAUUGCAACUGGAAGAUUUAGGAAAUAGGUUAGUAACAGUUUCUCUUUUCAGUUUGCCACAACAUUUUUAUUUUUUUGUUUCAUGCAUUCUCAGGUGAAACAGUUCUUACUAAAAGAGACACUACACAUAUUUGCUGGGACAAUUAAAAAUGUAUAUUCUACAAAGCAGGCUAAGGUAAUAAAUUUGCAACUAAUUCUAAGAAUAACAAGGUUUGCCAAGUAUAAAAGGGGUUUGGUUCCAUAUAUGUAUGUAUUCCUUGGUGACUACUUCAAAAAGGAAUGCCUUAGCAUACCAUUGUAUCAACUGUUAUUGUAUCCUGGCAGGCAAUAGUGAACUACAGUAAUAUAUCUAGCCCCAUGUUUAAUGAUUUAACAUAAUUAUCUAAACUAGUUAAUGAGAUUAGCAUCAAAAUAUACAAAGUAGUAGGGAAUGCCAAGCUAAUUAACACAUAGUAACAAAGUUGCAUGCUAAUUCCCUGUUAAUUCACAGUUCUCAGCUUACCUGACACUGUAUAUUACAUUUAUGUAAUUAGAGGAAGAACAAGUUAAAUCUAAACUGAAACUUUCUCAGCUGGGAAUUGAACCUGGGAGGCAAAUUACUGUAAGGCAGAGAUAUUCUCUUCUUCUAAAGUGACACCCCAUUUAAAAUAUUUGUAUUAUUCAAAUAGUGACAUUUAUUUCUUGAAUGUUAAGAUAACGGAAGAUUAGUUGCACUAUUUGUUAUAUUGUAGGUUCAAAGCUUCUGAUAGGUAUUGAGGUUCUAUUGUUAGUAAUACAGUAUAUCAGAAAUUAUAUGAAAAAUUAAUCUUAUCAGAUUUUUGCUGUGAUGGUUAGUUUUAAUCAAAAUGGCUAGCAGUUGGUUUCUACUGCUGUUUAAAGUAUUUGUUAAAGAACAAAAUUAAAUAUUCAUUUUCUCUGCAUUUCCCAGUGGGCAGAACUAUAAACAAAAACUGUUGCUUUGAACAGAAUGGAAGGUGGUUUUUUGACCACGUCAGUAUAAAAACCUGUUAUCUCUCUGCAGGUGGUAGCUAUAGAUGAGAAUGCAAUUUUCUUUUGAAUUUAUAGGAUGUGCCUUCACCAUUCCCAGUGAUUAUGUACCUAAGUGUGCAAUAUAUAUAAAUGUUCUUGAACUCUAGCUAUUACUCAUGAACUUGGAAAGGAGAAUGGUAUGUUCCGAAGGAUUGCUUCCAGUACAUUGAUUGUAUUUCUCCUGUGCUAUCUUUCAAGUUUUUUUUUUUAUGGUUUAAUAGCACUCAUUUUUUGCAUUGUUGGAGAACCUUACUGUAUUUUCUCAAGCUCGGUAGAGGCCAAAUGUUUGAGGACCACAAACAGUAAAGUGUAUUUUAAAAAUGGCAUGAAA